AUGACAACAAAUACAGUAACAUCUAAAACAAUAUUUAAUCAAAUACAACAACAACCAAGAAAAGAAAGAUCUAAAAAUGGUUUAUUACAUUUUGUGGCAGGAGGAACUGGUGGUGCGGUAGGUGUCAUCUUGACAUCACCCCUAGAAGUUAUUAAAACACAAUUACAGGCAAGAAAUGCUAAUCUUUUACAAGUUGGAAAACCAAAAUUUAUUCCAACAACUCCCUAUGCUUUAUAUCAUUUAGUAUUAAGAGAUGGAGUUGGAGGAUUAUUUAAAGGUUUAAAACCACAUUUAAUUGGUGUAGUACCAGCAAGAGCUGUCAAUUUUUCAGCAUAUAGUAUUUCAAAGAGUCUGUUGAAUCGAAUGGGAGUUCAAGAUGGUCCAUUGUUAUAUAGUACAGCUGCAGGCGCUGCAGGAUGUACAGUGGCCAUUGCGACAGGUCCUAUUUGGUUGAUCAAGACGCGUAUGCAAUUACAGACAUCACUUAAAAAUUUUUCAGGAGGCACUUAUUAUUUCAAUAUAUUUCAUUGUUGUGUCUCGAUUCUCCGAAACGAAGGUGUCGGAGGAUUUUACAGAGGAUUGGGAGCAUCUUUGAUUGGUGUUUCAGAGUCUGUUUUUCAAUUUGUUCUCUACGAGGGCAUCAAGGAACGAUUGACUGAAGCGAAAAAACGAAAUCCAGAGAAAUACCCAUAUCCAUCCGAACUAUCUACCAUUGAAUAUCUAUCGGCUGCAGCUGUUUCAAAGUUGAUUGCUGCCGUCACUACCUAUCCUCACGAAGUCGUUAGAACUCGUCUUCGUGAGAAUAUGUUACCCUAUGUCAUGCCCAAAUACACUGGUGUCUUGCAAUGCAUCAUAACAGUCUGUCGAGAAGAAGGUCCCAAAGCAUUAUUUGGUGGUAUGGGAGCUCAUGUUGCCAGAGUCGUACCAAAUAGUGCUAUCAUGUUCCUUACCUAUGAAUUUGUUUUAGAUCUUGCCAAUCAAACUUCAAGAUUAAUUAAUCGAUUUAACAAUAGCAGUAGUAAUAAUAAUAGUAGUAAUUAA